CUCCUCCCCCUCUCCUCCUCCUCCUCCCCCUCUCCUCCUCCCCCUCUCCUCCCAUUCCUCCCUUUCUCUCCAGACUGCCAACCUAGCGGAGGCCAAUGCGUCAGAGGAUGACAAGAUCAGAGCCAUGAUGUCCCAGUCCAGCAGUGAAUAUGACCCCAUACAUUACUCUAAGAAGGCCAUAGGACCGCCUCCUGCACACUACACCUGCUAUCGCUGUGGGAAGAACGGACACUACAUCAAACACUGCCCCAUGCAGAUGGAUAAGAGCGUAGAGGCUCCUAAGCCAAUCAGGACCAGUAAGGGAAUCCCUCAGAGCUUUAUGGUGAAGGCUGAACCAGGAACGAAAGGAGCCAUGUUGACCAGCACUGGAGAAUAUGCUAUUCCUGCUAUCGACGCGGAGGCCUAUGCUCUGGGUAAGAAGGAGCGUCCCCCUUUCGUUCCUCGUGAAGCGUCAUCGUCUGAAGAUGAGGCUGAUCCAAUCCCUGAUGAGCUGCUCUGCCCCAUCUGUAAU